AUGGAACGACGCGACAACAUCAUCACGCCAUGGCAGGAAAGGGCCAUGCAGAAGGGGCGGACCCCUCUGCCAGAGGCGCCUGGCGCGCGGCCUUGGGUGACACACCCAGAGACACUUGUUGCGGCCCCUGCCGCUUACUUCGGGCUGGCUCUUGGCACUGGUUCUUCCAGUGGUGUUCGCUGGGAUGUCACCGACAUCGCCAAGCUCCUAGCCCUUCAACAGAAGGGUGAGAAGUGGGAGGAGAUCGCCUCCAAGAUGAACCGAUCGAUCGCCGCGGUGGUGUCCGCCUGCGCCCUGUGGCUGGAUCGGCUCAGCCAGCACGUGCUCAGCGAGAAGAACAAGAAGAGCGAGGAGACUUGGGUGGAAGCCCACCGCCGCUGGUCGGCGGUGCGAGAGUAA